UUGAAGUUCAAACUAGAAACAACGACGACGGUCUUUUAACAUUCUCACUUAGUGAGCCCGCCCAAACAAGAUCCUGAACUCAGGAAAAAAUUCAAAAAAUCUCUACUUCCCCGGCUUAGAUACUCCUUGGAUCUGCACUUCAAGUCCCUAUUUUGUGAUUUAAACAAAAAAAAAAAAAAAACAACCCAAAUCCAAAAACACUAGAAAUAUCUUUCGAUCUCAGUCGAUCUCAUCCCUGCAUCGAAUGGCCAACUCUGACGCCACCAUUCCUUGUCUUCCCGUCAAUGCUCCUCUGGCCCCGAAGAAGCAAAACAUCACUCCGAUUGGUUCUAAGCUAGCGGAAUUAAAUGAAUCAAGGGCUGAGUUGCUUACUAGAAUCCAAAGCUUGAAGCAGGAUUUGCAAAACUGGAGGUCCAAGUUAGACACUCAAGUUAAGGUCUACCGGGAGGAGCUGUCAGAACUCAAGGUAUCACUCAAUGCUGAAGUGGAGCAACUUCGAUCGGAAUUUCAAGAACUAAGGGGCACUCUCCAUCACCAACAAGAAGAUGUCACUGCUAGCCUGAGAAAUUUGGGGUUGAAAGAUGUCUCAGCAGGAGAAACAGAAAAUGCUCCUCUAGCUCCUACAGGUGAAGAGAAAAGUGAAGAAGCUCAUGCUCCAAAUGUAGAGGAAACCGACAAGAAAGAUCAAAAUUAGGUAUUGAGUUUCUCGUACCAGCAAUGAUAGGGAUCCUAGCAGUUGGUAUCCCAGUUGUUGAACUGUAUGCGUAGGAUUUCAUGUGCAUCAUGUGGAACAUGUGGAGCCCACGUAUUCAUUUGGAUUCUAUGCGUACAAUUGAGCAGCUGGGAUAACUGGAAAACCAACUGUUAGGAUAUUUACCAUUUCCGUUCGUAUACUGCACGUGCCUCUAGGAGGUUGGCAUCUCUUCUUUUAUUUCAAGUUUCUUGUACUUUCUGCUGUAUCAGUUAAUACCAGCAACCAAUUUGUUGGCUGGCAUUGAAUCCUAUAUAAGUUGGUUAAUCUCGGAUUUGACGAUUCUGCUCCUAGUUUCUUCUCACAUAAACUAAGUUUAUGGCUUAUGCUCUUAGUUUCACAGUA